AUGGUUGCAGACACUAAAUUAUAUGACAUCUUAGGAGUUUCUCCAGAUGCUACAGAACAACAAUUGAAGAAGGCGUACAGACUAGGUGCACUUAAAUAUCACCCGGAUAAGAAUCCAUCGCCAGAAGCUGCUGAAAAGUUCAAAGAAAUGACCGGUGCUUAUGAAAUUCUCAGUGAUCCUGAAAAGAGGGAGCUAUACGAUCAAUAUGGUGAGCAAGGAUUAGGUGGUGGACCUGGUGGACCUGGUGGUUUUGGUGGUAUGGAUGCCGGUGACAUUUUCUCCCAAUUUUUCGGUGGGGGAUCAUCUAGACCACAAGGACCAAGAAGAGGACAAGAUAUCAAGCAUGCAUUGGGUGUUACUUUGGAAGAAUUGUACAAGGGUAAGACUGCGAAAUUGGCAUUAAACAAAACCGUUUUAUGUAAGGCAUGUGAUGGUAAAGGUGGUAAGAAUGUGAAGAAAUGUACUGCUUGUAAUGGUACUGGUACUAAGUUCAUCACCAGACAAAUGGGACCAAUGAUUCAAAGAUUCCAAACUACUUGUGACCAAUGUAAUGGUACUGGUGAUAUCAUGAAGGAAGCUGACAGAUGUAAAGUAUGUAAUGGUAAGAAGGUUACCAAGGAGAGAAAGAUUUUGGAAGUUCAUGUUACCCCAGGUAUGAAGGCAGGACAAAAGGUUGUCUUUGAAGGUGAAGGUGAUCAAGGUCCAGAUAUUAUUCCAGGUGAUAUUGUUUUCAUCAUUGAGGAAAAGCCACAUGAUUUGUACGAGAGAAAAGGCGAUGAUUUGAUCCACCAACAAAAGAUUGAUCUCUUAAGUGCGCUUGCAGGAGGUGAAGUUGCGUUUAAGCAUGUCAGCGGUGAAUGGUUGAAACUCACAAUUCAUCCUGGAGAAGUGAUUGCACCAGGUGCUACCAAAGUCAUCAAGGACAAGGGUAUGCCAAUUCCAAGACACGGUGGUUACGGUAACUUAAUUGUCAAAUUUGAUGUUGAAUUCCCAAAGAACAACUUUGCCUCUGAGGAGAAGUUGAAGCAAUUAGAAGCCAUCUUACCUCCAAGACCAAAACUUGACAUUCCAAAGGGUGCCGAAGUUGACGACUCUUGUGAAUUUGAAGAUUUCGACCCAUCCAAGCACCAAUCCAGAACGUCCAACGGUCAACGUGGCGGCUAUUACGAUUACGAUGAAGACGACGAGGAAGGUGGCCAUCCAGGAGUCCAGUGUGCACAGCAGUAG